AACGAACAAUAAAAUGGAUUUUUAUGUCCAUUUUAAAAAAUACGAGUACAUUUUAAACGGCAAAUCCCAACUAUUAAGCGACAAAGUAAUAAUUCUUAUUAAAUUAUGGACGGAACUUAGUGAGUACGAUUUCUCGAACACGGAACUAAAAAGUUUGAUUGAUCUAAUUGAUUGGGCUAUCAUACACACUAUGAAUAUCACUCUAACCGCAGAAUGGCAAGUAUACGCAGAUUUAUUCAAAAACGAGCUGUUGUUAAAAAUAGAAUUAUCUAGUAAAAAUUUUCUCGCCCGCAAUCUGGGAUUCAGAAACAGAUUCGAUAAAUUGAAUUACGUUAUUGCGGUUACCUGGGCGAAUCCCACAUUAGAAAAGCUGAUAAACAUUCCGAAUUGCGAAAUAACCAACGAAGAAAUGGAGUUCUUUCGGCAGGAGCAAGCCCACCUCGUUUCAAUAAGGCUGAUGAUGCUUUGCAAAUCGAAUUGCGAAGAUUUGGCGCUAAAUUUAGUUACUGCUUUUUUGAAAUAUUUGAAAUCCGAGCAUUUUAAGGACGAUUGUUGCGUAAGCGCUGAACAAAAAUGGUUUAUUUUCGACAUGAAAUUAGUACUUUUGUACAAAUUCAAAGAUGUUGAUGAGUUAGAAAGCAUGAUUAAAUUACUCUCAUACGAAGAUGGUCUUUACCUAAUUAACAGGUUUAUGAAAAAGAACCCAAAAUUAAUGAAAAUUUGGAAAUAUUCCCCAAAUAUAGUCACUAUAGCUCUUCCAAUUUAUCUACAAGAAAUAUUAAAAGAAAACAAUUCUAAUAAUCAUGAAAUAUUCAACCAAUUAAUAGAGCUAUUUCUAUCCAAAAACUCAAUUGAGGACUUUAAAAAUUUAUUCCUACAGUCUGAUUUAUUAACACUAUUGAACCGAAUCAAAACCAACAAAAACCCCUUACUAAAAUCCUACAUACUCGAAUUAUUCGUCAAAAAUUUAACGACUUUCAUUAAUCAAAUCGAAGCUUUAAAAGACACGGAAAAUGCCACAAAAACCGAAUCGGCAACAGCGCAAUUGGCCGAAAUUUACUCCGAUUUGGCCGAAUUCAUGGCAGACAAAGUCAAAGUAGCCAGAGAAUGCGUUUUAACUGCAUUCAGUCUUAAACCCACGCAGGAACGACUGACAAAUCUGGAGAAAUUAGCGCAGAAAAGCGGUUUACAGAUUGAUAGUGAUCGUAGUAAUUGGGUGUGCAAACUGCACCCGCCCAUCGACGAAGACGACGCGAGAAUCUACAAAUGUCCGGAAUGCAACAAACUAAUCUCAGUGCCCCAAGUAGAUAAUCCCUUAAAGGUUAAUCUGGCGUUGAACGACGCCAUCAACACGUUGGACCUGCCGCCGGAAUUGUGCGAGGACCUGAUCAACUGCAUCUCGAACCCCCGGUACAAGGUGCUCAGCUGGUACAUCCCGUGGAUCGACCUCUACAGGAUCUGCCUGCUGUACUUGAGCAACGAGCGGGGCAUCAGGAAUUUCAUUACCGAGCUAAAGUUUCUCGACAUCGAUUACUCGAUGUUCGAUGACGCCGGGCAUCAUCCUCUCCAAGAGUACGGCGGAAUCGAAAAGGGUUACGAGAAGUAUUUGGAUAGCAGUUUCAAUCCGAACGAGGACGAGGAGGAACCCGAAACGAGAUCGGAAAACUGCGCCAUCGAAGGGGAGGACUACGAUCCGAAUUCCAUCGAGAGCUUGAAGAAGAUAUUGAGUAUUCAAAAUUCGCAGGAGCACGAUAGCAAGAAUAACGACGUGACGCAUUGUUCGAAAAAUAUACUAACCCAAUCUAACAGCCAACAUAAAGACAAGCGAAGUAAAUUCAAGUCGAACAAUUUCAAAAGGAAAUUGCGCAGCUUCACAAAGGACAAGAGCAGGAAAAAGCGCAAGCACUUCAAACGAGCCGAGUAAAUCCCCGACAAUUAAUGUUAAUAAAACUUUACGUAUAACGAAUAAAUAAUUCGUUAGUUA